AUGACACCAUCUUCUCCAAUCAGAAUGAAAACUAGCCAGCAUGUUCGCUCCUUUAGCUUGCCAUCAAGAACUCACCCCCUCCUUUCUCAAUUCGACGAGCACCUGAGCAAACUCGGGGAAACUGAGGCCAAAUAUAACUCAUUGUCUUCCCUUGGACAUAACUUGAGUGGGCUACAAGAUCUGUAUGUAUCUGUUGAUGACUUGAUCCAUAUGCCUCACAUUCAACAAUCAUGGACAUCAAUCCAAGAAUCCAACAAGAAAGUAACUGAUGAUGUACUAGAUACAUAUAUAAAGAUCUUGGAUGCUUGCACUGCCACCAAGGACAUCUUCUCGCAGUCCAAACACGAUGUCCAAGAGCUUCUUUCAUCUCUCCGAAGAAGGAAAUACACAACUGAUGCAUCUGGGAUGUAUUUGGCCUCUAGAAAGCAAGCAAAAAAGGCAAUCCUAAAGGCUCUAAAGGAUCUGAAGAAUCUCAAGAUCACUGAAGGAGUUGAUCAAUUAGAAGCUAUCAGUUUAUUCUAUAACGUCCAAUCUGUUACUAUUUGUGUGCUUGAAUCAUCCUUGUCUUAUGUUAUGGGGACAAAAGCACACUCGAGCUUGGUCUCAAAGAUAAUGCAUAAGAAAUGCAAGGAAGCAACCAAAAAUGAAUUAGAUCAGAUGAAUGAAGCUUUGGGUGGGAAAGACAUCGAGAGCAUCCAGAGACAAUUGAGAAAUAUGGAGUUGAGAAUUCAAGAUAUUGAAGAAGGACUAGAUUGCUUGUUCAAACACUUGAUCAAGACUAGAGUUUCACUCCUUAACAUGCUUACUUACUAG